AUGGUUUCUAUCCCUACUAAAAAUACAUAUAUUGAUUUAGAAGUGCAGGAAUUUACAACUUCUGGAGGUGGAAUGGAGGAACAUACAGAGCAUAUACAUGAUCAAAGACCUCAAAAUAGUGCUAUGUUAAACAGACAGGUUCCAAGACAUGUCUAUACUGAAGGAAGCAAUGUGAAUAGAGAGCAAAGAAAUAAGCAUCAAACGCUGGAAGUACAGAUCAAUAUGAAUAAACAGAUUGGCUAUCAACAGGAUGCAGUAAAUAGAUCAGGUAUUGACUCAAUGCUCCCCCUCCCUGCAAUCCUUUAUACUGAUAAUGCAUCUGUUGGAGUAGCUGUUGGAGACCCUAUUGAUCAUCAAAGAGAUGAUAAUUUUGAUGAGUAUAGAGCACCUGAUUCUGAAGAUGAGUAUGAUAUGGAUACUCAAUCUUUAGGGGAAGGUAUUGAACCAGGGGAGGAAAUAAAUACCUUUGAUCAACAUCAAAAAGGUCCUUUGAUUCAUUCUUCUAAUGUUGAUGAAAUUAUAGAUGUUACUGGCAAACAAGGUCUUUCACCAAGGGGAAGGAAGCUGAUGAAACAAAAUAAAAAUGCUAGUACUAGUACGCCAAAUACUAGAGCUAGGAGUAGAGGGUCUGAUCAUUGUCCUUUGUUGAUGGAAAUGAAUGAGAAUAAGGAAAAUGCGAUUAAGUAUUUUAAAUUUCUCAACUGUUGGACUGAAAAUGAAUCAUUCUUACAUAUAGUUGAAAAUUGUUGGAAAAAGAAAGUUGCAGGCAAUCCUAUGUGGAUAUUCCAUACUAAGAUGAGGAGAUUAACUAAAACAUUAAGAGAUUGGUCAAAAAAGGAAUAUGGUGAUGUUUUUGAAAAAGUGAAGCAGUAUGAAGAGGGUGUUAAAAUUGCUGAAGGAAACUUUAUCAUGGAUAAUAGUAAGGACAACAGAGAGAAGCUUUAUGCUGCUAAUGCUCAUUACAGGGAUGAAAAUAUUGCUAGAGAAACCUGUGACUAUUAUCAGGGUAUUUUCACUGGUAAAACAGAGAAAAUAAGGGAGGAUUUGUUACAAUGUAUUCCUAAGUUGAUUACUCAGGAACAUAAUGUAGAACUUGAAAAAAUGCCUAGCGAGGAAGAAGUGAGAAGGGUUGUGAUGAAUAUGAAUCCUAAUUCUGCUCCAGGACCAGAUGGUAUUGGAGGCAAAUUUUAUCAAGUUUGCUUUGAUAUUAUUAAAGAUGAUCUUCUAGCUGCAGUACAAUCUUUUUUUAAUGGUUAUGAUAUGCCUAAAUACAUGACUCAUGCUUGUCUCAUUCUUCUUCCUAAAGUUGAUCAUCCUAACAAGUUAAAGGAUUUUAGACCUAUUAGUCUUAGUAAUUUUACUAAUAAGAUUAUAUCUAAAAUCAUGAGUACUAGAUUGACUCCUAUUUUACCUACCAUUGUUUCAGACAACCAAUCUGAUUUUGUAAAAGGAAUGAGUAUAUCAGAGAAUAUCAUGUUGGCUCAAGAAGUUAUUCAUGGUAUAAAAUUACCUAAAGAAGGUAAGAAUGUGGUUAUCAAGCUGGACAUGGUUAAGGCUUAUGACAGAGAACUUGUUUCUGAUCAGAAAGUGAAUAAAGAUAAGAGUUUUUUCAUGGUAACUGAUAAGACUAAGCAAGAUAUUAUUGAUAUUAUCAAGAUAGAAACUGGUUUUGGCAUGAAAAACAGUUCUAUUACUUAUCUUGGAUGUCCUUUAUAUAUUGGGGGUCAAAGAAUUAUUUACUAUUCUGAGGUAGUGGAGAAGAUUAUCAAAAAGAUUUCUGGAUGGCAAACUAAGAGUUUUGUUGAUUUCUUCUGGGGUAUUGAUAAAGAUGGGAAAAAGUAUCAUUGGGCUUCAUGGGAAACACUGGCUUAUCCAACUAGUGAAAGUGGUAUUGGAGUAAGGCUGCUUGAUGAUGUUUGUAUAGCAUUUCAAUAUAAACAGUGGUGGGAAUUUAGAACUAAGAAUUCCUUGUGGAGUAAAUUUCUAAAAGCCAAGUACUGUCAAAGAGCUAAUCUAGUGGCUAAGAAAUAUGAUUCAGGGGAUUCUUUGGUUUGGAGGUAUCUUACUAGAAAUAGACAGGCUGUGAAAUCUCAUAUUAAAUGGAAAAUUCAUUCAGGCACUUGCAGCUUCUGGUGGGAUAACUGGUUUGGGAAUGGUGCAAUAGCCAAUCAUUGUGACAGCAUUUUCAGCCUAAAUAAUAGUCUAGUGUCUGAUUUUCUAAAUAAUGGCAUUUGGAAAGAAAGGUUUGUUAGACAAAAUGUGCCUCCUUUGGUGGUGCCUGAUAUUCUUCAAACAAACUUCAUUUAUAAUAUAGAUAUUGAUGAUACUGCUGUUUGGACACCUGAGGAGAAUGGAAAAUUCACUAUUGCAUCUGCAUGGGAGGUUAUUAGAAAGAAAAGACUUAAGGAUCUUAUUAACAUUGUUUGGCAUAAGCAUAUUCCUUUCAAAAUAGCCUUCUUUAUUUGGAGUGCUUUGAGGGGCAAGUUACCAACAAAUGAAAACUUGCAGAAAUUUGGAAGAGCUGAGGCUGAAUGUUAUUGUUGUUAUAGGAAAGGCAAAAAUGACAUCAAACAUAUAUUACUCACUGGCAAUUUUACCAUAUAUAUUAUUUCGUAA